GGCGCUGCAUCAAAUUCAAUGUCGAGACUGGAUCUUAAUCCAUGGGAUAUACGAACAUUCCAUAUCAAUCCCAUUCAAAGUAGCCUCAUAUUUCACAACCCUAAUUUGGAAUUCGAAUCCCUAAUCCAACAUCUCAAAAACUCACUCUCCCGCGCCCUAGACUUCUUCCCUCCGCUCGCCGGCCGCCUCGUCGCCACCCCCCACGGCGAAGGCAUGGCCAGUUUCUCCGUCGACUGCAAUAACGCCGGAGCCGAUUUCACUCACGCAGUCGCCCCUGCCGUCUCCGUCUCCGACAUCAUCGAGCCGAGCUUCAUACCUGAAAUCGUGGAUUCAUUUACCCCGGCGAACAGCGGAGCCACCAAUUUCGACGGAAUCUGGAAGCCUGUAUUGGCGGUACAAGUCACCGAGCUAGCGGACGGCGUCGUCAUUGCCUGUUCCGCCAACCACACGGUCGUAGACGGCGCUUCCUUCUGGCAUUUCUUCACUUCCUGGUCAGAGAUCUCUCGCGCUUCGGAAUCGAUCUCGAAAUCCCCCGUGUUCGACCGAGCCAGCGCCGUCGCCGAAGAGAAUAGGCAGAUCCAUCUCCCUACAGUGGAGCAAAACCUAAUUGCUCCAUCUCAAUUGCCAAUGAAGGUAUUCCAUUUCAGCAAAGAGAAACUAGGUCAGCUCAAGGCGAAGGCGAAUUCGGAAGCCGGAACUGACAAACUAUCUACUCUGCAAGCACUCAUGGCUCAUCUAUGGCGGAGCACACUAGGCAGCUCAGGCGAUUCAACCACUCGCACUCACGCUCUGGGAUUCGCCAUCGGCGCAAGGUCAAGGUUGCCGUGUUUCCCGGAUGCCUAUUUUGGGAACGCGAUAUAUCCCGUUGCGUUGGCAAUUAGCGAGAGCGAUCUAUUGAAGGGAGAAUUGGGCACCACCGCCCUCAAGAUCAAUCAAUUGAUUUCUCAGCAUAGUAAUGAAGCAAUCAAAUGCGACGCAGAGAAGAAGCUCGACUUUCGCAGCAGACCUAAUGCGCCAUCGGGGAUUGCUCCGCCUCUUGUCAUCUCAAGUUCUCCUCACUUUCGUGUCUACGACUGUGAUUUUGGUUGGGGGAAGCCGGUUGCUAUUAGGAGUGGGAAAACGUACAAGGUUGAGGGCUUGGUAGUGGUUUCGUCGGCGGCCGAACCCGGCGGUAUUGACGUUGAAGUUUGCUUUACCGAGGACACGUUAAAGGCAAUGGAAGACUACUUAACUUCACACUAGUUUCCAAAUUUCUCCUCUUGCUUUUUUCAGUCUCUCUUUGAU